GGCGGGCAUGGAGCGGAAGAGCCCAGCUGCGGCGGGGAGGCUGAACCCGGGCAGCCGAGCAGCCGGGGACGGGCACUGCGCCCUGGGCAGCGAGAGCGGCGGGCCGGGGGCGGCGGCGGCUGCCCUGCACAGAGGCGACAGCCAGUCCGCCGCCGGCGCGACUGCGGAGCCCGACGAGCUGAUCCGGAGAGCGCUGGACUUCAAGGGCCAAGGCGCGCAGUGCUACAAGGACAAGAAAUUCCGCGAAGCCAUCGGCAAGUACCACCGGGCGCUGCUGGAACUGAAGGGGCUGCUGCUGGCCCAGGAGGAGCACGACGGCGGCGGCGGCGCCUCCUCCUCCUCCUCCUCGGCCGCCGGGGCUGCGGGCAGCUCGGGCAAACUCACGGACGAGCAGCGGCAACUCCUGGAGAGCAUCGAGGUCGACUGCUACAACAGCCUGGCAGCCUGCCUCCUUCAAGCGGAGCUGGUGAAUUAUGAGCGAGUCAAGGAAUACUGCCUGAAAGUCCUGAAGAAAGAAGGAGAGAAUUUCAAGGCGCUCUAUCGGUCAGGUGUAGCAUUCUACCACCUUGGAGACUACAACAAGGCACUUUACUACUUGAAAGAAGCAAGGUCCCGGCAGCCAGCAGAUACCAAUGUUGUACGGUACAUCCAGCUGACAGAAAUGAAGCUUAGCAGAUGUUCCCAGAGGGAAAAAGAAUCGUUGUGAGAAGACACCCAGCUCAGUGGGCCUGAGUGGACACUUCCUCCCCUGAAUGCCCAUUGGAUGGAUGUGCUCCUGCCAACCCCUGGGCUCCACUUUAGUUGACAGUUUCUCUGCCCACUCCCAUCUUUAUGUUUGAUCUGAGCUCGGACGAGUUGUUCAGUUUUAAAGAAGAGACUCCAACUCUGGAUCUGGCUUUGGCUGUUUGCCAGCACGAGGACGACGACAUUCCAGCCCUCUUAGCACAAUUCCUACAUUCAGCCAUGUUCUGGGACAUUGGCUGAAGGUUUGGAGGGAACAAUGGAGAGAGAUGACCUUUGCCUUGUGCUUAUUUUUUACUGUUGUUGUUCCAUCCACCAAUCAACCAACCAACCAGCCAACCAACCGGAGGCUCACCCUUUCUCCUCGAAUGUUGAGGUGACAGCAAAUGAAGAUAGCCUUCAGCCAUCUCAUGUGAGACGGACCCCCACAUUGGCUGCUUCUCUGCACUUUUAGAUUUUCAAGAUCCAGAGAGAAGCCACCUCCAUCUUGAUCCCAUGCCACUGAGACUCAUUUGCAAUACAUUCUGCUUCAAGCACCGGGGGAAAUAUACGUUAAGCAACAAGCUCUAAAAACAGGGAAGGGCUUUGAGGACAUGAUGGAACCUGAAAGAUAAUGUGAAAGGACUGUAUUGUUUGGGAAAUAAAACUGUGGAAUGAUUAACUAAUAUUAAAUACAUAUCAUUUAACAGGCAGCAGCUAUCCCAUGUAUGAUUUUUUAGAACGCACACUUGGGCCCUGACACCUAGAGGGGCAGCAUGACCUUGCAGCUAGUUUCAGCUUAGGCAGUGGAAACUGGAGCACCAAAUUAUGAUUUUGCCACUGCCUUCAUAUGCAUCUGUGGGCAAGUCACUCACCUUUUCCGUGCCUCAGUUUCUCCAUCUGUAUGCAGGGACAAUAAUGCCACCGUACCUCAUAGGGGGUGUUGUGAAGAUUUGUUAGUUGAUGUUUGUACAGUGCUAAAUAUU